GAUUCGCACGCAUACGGUGGGUGCAUCGUUGUUACAGCUUCGUUACGGCGCGGUGUGACGUCGAAUGAAUUCGAGCCCCGGAUGCCUCGGGACAUACGCAACACACCAUGAGAUCACUCAACAUAGUCCAACAAGGGAAUCACCCUUUUGGGUCACGAGACGGAAGUUCCCACGUUCGUUUACUGCACAGACUUCGCCCUCGGCAGCUUUCAGCGUGCCCAGUAACGUCGGGAGCGUUGCAAAUGGUCUUGGGGCAGGGCGCGCCAGGUCGACUCCACCAACUCGACAUUCACUGAAACAUAAAAAACCUUGUAUCUCAAGCUACAGACCAGAUAUUGAUAAACGGACUUCAGCAAUAACUUUGGGCAAUGCCAAGCGUCCAGGCCGUGCCCGUAAAACCCCGGCUCAGCCACAGGAUGCAGAGCUUGAACCAGACAUAGCCGUGACUGAUCUGACAGACCUACCUGAUGAUGCAACUACGGAGAUGAUUGAAACUGCGGCUUUACCCUUGCUGAGCCGUGCCUUCAAGGUCAGGCUGGUUGUUUCACGCCCAGGCCAAAGUGCUUAUCCGGAACUCCUCACGGAAAUGAAACUGCAAUGGGAUUGGAAUGUAGCGGGCCUGCAUAUCAAGGAUAAGGUCCGAAUGCGUCUCAAUCAUGAUCAGACCUUCAGCACUGAGGUCCGUGAAGACGACUACACCCUCGAAUUUGCCUACAGAGUUGUCAGAGGUAACUUCCGCCUAGGUCCUACAAGGAUUUGGGGGAUUGAUAAAUGGCGAGCCUUCCUUGAGGAGAUGGAGGACAUGCGUACUCGCUGGAAGCUGAAUGACUUCAUCCCUGCAACCUCAUGACUCAUUGUACAAUCGAAGAGUCCGGAACCCCACAAACCCUUGGUAUUAGCGUUGACCCACUGGUUAGUCAGACCGCCUGGAAGAACCUCGCUCGAUUGAUACGAAGAGUAAAUUGCG